GAUUUUUUCGAGGGUUCUCUUCAAGUUUUGUAAACUGCGAUUCUCUUGGAAGAGAGGUCAAAGAAGAGAGAAAGCCAUGUCGCGGAUACCCAAAGCCAAGACAGAUGAGGUGGUCGAAGAUAUGAUCGAUGGUCUUUUUUCAGAUGAUCCUUCAAGACAACUUGAAUCCGCUACCAAGUUCAACGCAUUUUUAUCAUCACACGAGGAAAACCUUCCUAUCGAUGAGAUAGUAGUAUCUGAAGUUGUGCCACGUUUUGUUGAGUUUCUUGCGAACAAAGAUAACACCGAGCUUCAGUCUGCUGCUGCUUCAGUUCUAGUAUGCAUUUCUAAAAAGAACACCGAAGUGCUGAUUGAUCACGGUGCUGUUCCAAUCUUUGUCCACCUUCUUCGUUUCCCUACUGGUUAUCUCCAACUUCAGGCUACAGGGGCACUAGGUAAUGUCGCUAGUGCUUCAACACAAUCCCGUGACUAUGUUCUAAGGUGUGGUGCAUUGAGACCACUGUUGGCUCAGCUGCAUGUGAAUAAGCAUAUAAUGAUGCUUAGAAUGGCCGCUUGGACUUUGUCAACGCUCUGCUGUGGCCAGCCUCGGCCUCCAUUUCACCAGAUGAAAGCUGCUCUCGCUCCACUUGAAAAAGUUCUUCAUUUCAAUGAUAAAGAAGUCUUGUCACAUGCUUGUAGGGCAGUUUAUUACCUGUUUGAUGGUUCAAGAGAAACCUUCCAGAGUUUUUUCGACGCUGGUCUUGUCCUAAGACUAGUUCAACUUCUCGGAUACGGUUCUCCAUCUGUGAUUUAUCUUGCAAUACGUACCAUUAGGAAUCUAACUAAUGUAGAUGAUCAGCAGACCCAAUUGGUGAUCAAUUGUGGUGCUUUACGUUUUCUUGCCAACCUACUUACUCGGAACCAUCGGAUAAACAUAAAGAGGGUAGCUUGCUCGACGAUUUCAAACAUCACUGCAGGCACUAAAGAACUAAUUCAGCAGUCAGUUAUUGAUGCAAAUUUGAUCCCAAUCUUGGUCAAUCUGGCUCAAAAUGCUAAACUUGGCAUAAAGGAAACAGCUUUAUGUGCAAUUGUAAAUGCCACCCUGCGUGGUUCUUAUGCUCAAAUCGAAUACUUGGUGAAGCAGGGUUGCAUAAAACCUUUAUGUGAUCUCCUGAUAUGUCCAGAUCGAAGGAUCAUCUCAGUGUGUCUGGAUGGAUUGGAAAACAUUUUGAAUGCCGCAUGGGCAGAGAAGAAGAUAGAAGACAUGCAAAGUUACUGUCAGCUGAUUCAAGAUGAGGACGGGAUAAAAAAGAUUCAGAAGCUGGUACAAAUCGUAAGCUAUGAGAUCGACAGGAAGGCUUCGAAGAUUCUGCAAACAUACGGGAUGAUAUAUAAAGGAUGAUGAGCAGACACAACAACCUCCAAGUUGAUGAUCAUCUUGGUUUUUCAGUUGUCAGAGAACCAAGUUCCAGUUCUUGUGGAGGAUUCAACUUCAGUUGAAAUGUUACCAAAAAAAAAAAAAAAAAAUCCAACUGUUAAAAGUCUUCAUCUACUUGAUGAGAUCCCACACUAGCUGAUAUUAGAAUGUAAAAAACCUCUGACAUGGAAUUAAAAGCUUGCACCUUUG